AUGGGAGAUGAAAAUCCUUUCACCAUAUUUCUGUAUCGAGUAUUUCUGGGGCACAAACAAUACUUCGUUUCUUCAGACGUAGGUGCAGGAAAGAUGCAAUGGUAUGCAUUUCACAAGGAACCAGCUGGUGGUGCUGAUGCCCCCAAUGGUAAAAAGGAAAGGUUGCUUAAAAUAUUUGAUGGGUGGUGUGAUAAUGUGGUAGAUUUGCUACUUGCCACAGAGGAAGAUGCAAUUCUACGACGUGACAUAUAUGACAGGACACCAACUUUAUCCUGGGGAAAGGGUAAUGUGACCUUGCUUGGAGAUUCUGUCCAUGCUAUGCGGCCAAAUUUGGGUCAAGGGGGAUGCAUGACCAUUGAGGAUGGUUAUCAACUUGCAGUGGAGCUUGAAAAAGCUCUGAAGAAAAGCAGUGAACUGGGAACUCCUCCUGACAUUGCUGCUUCUUUAAGCUAUGAGACAUCUAGAAAACUGCGGGUUGCCAUUAUUCAUGGAAUGGCUAGAAUGGCUGCAAUUAUGGCUUCAACUUACAAGGCUUCUCUGCGUGUAGGACUUGGUCACUACUACAAAAACUGCAUCACACAACACCCAUCAGAAUACCGGUCCAUUAUCGUUUGUGACGAAGUUUAGGAUACCACAUCCAGGAAGAGUUGGUGGGAGAGUUUUUAUUGACAAGGCAAUGCCCUUGAUGCUGAGUUGGGUCUUAGGUGGUAACAGAUUUGGUCUAAGCUUCAAAAAGUACGUACAUCUUGCAAACUCUCAUUGAAGGCACAUUGAACUUCUAGAAAGACUUUAAUGUAUUUCUGUCUAUUUUGAAAUUGUUAUCAAGGAUGGAUAUUAACAUCUCUAUAUUUUGGAUUUGUGAAUGUAGUAUUUCAAGAUGGAGAUAUU